UCCUCCUCCAUAGUAACAUUACCAAACCGAGCGGCGCAGCUGGGACACCUGUAGCGGGACGGAUUAUUUUUUUGUUUACAACCUCAAAAUCAGUGGAAAAUGUUCAGGAGCAAUCUCAGGGAAAUUGAUGAGGAUCCGUUCUUCUCGGACCCUUUCCAGGCUCACCGGGAACAUAUGCGGCAGAUGAUGCGUAGCUUCUCUGAGCCAUACGGCAUGCCCAUGAUGACCAGUAUAAUGGAUGGAAGAAACCGUGGUCGUGGCGUGGCAGAACAUCCUGGCACAUCUCUGCCGUUGAGGGACGACCACCGGGAUGUGAGCCGGUCAUUGUUGCCCUUUGGCAGUAUUGACAGCACGGACAUGUUCAGGAACCCUUUCGGCGUGUUCGACAACGUGAUGUCCAACAUGAGAAACAGGAUGGAGGGGGUGCACCGAAAUUUUGAGAACAUGCCCACAGAUUCAAACACCCACUCGUUCAGCUCCUCAUCAGUCAUGACAUAUUCAAAGGUUGGAAACGAGCCUCCCAAGGUCUUCCAGGCGAGCUCGACGACACGCCGUGCUCCUGGAGGGAUCAAGGAGACCAGGAAAGCAGUUAAAGACUCUGAGAGUGGUCUGGAGAAGAUGUCCAUUGGUCACCACAUCCAGGACAGGGGACAUGUUGUUGAGAAGAAAUUCAACAACAAAACAGGACAGAAGGAGUUCAACCAGGACUUUGAGAAUCUGGAUGAAUCUGAAGCACAGUCUUUUGACGAUGAGUGGCAACAGGAGGUGUCCAAGUUUCGGCCGUCUGUCCCAAUGUCUCGUCUGGAGGAGCCCAGACCCCGAGCUGUUCACCGGGCAGCCCUCACCGCUCCGCAGCAGGAGCACAGUGACCAAUCAAUGGGCAAGGCUCAGGGUAGAAGUAACGUGAAAGACUCCGGCUCGACGAAGCAAUGAGAACAUCGUUUGUGUGCUUAUUAAAGCCUGUCAAGCUCUGAUGCUCCGUAUCGCCCUCAAAACACACACUCACACACACAUACAUACUGGUUUCAUCAUAUAGGCAGUCACAAGGCCUUACCUUUCACAUUGCUGAUGCCCAUUUUCCAAAACAUACUGCACAAUAUGAAAUAAAACUCCCCUGAAGAAGCCUUUUUUCCGCUUUUUCAUCAGUCAGA